CACAUAUAAGUUUUCAGCUCGAAUUAUGAAAAGUAUUUAUAGGGAUGAUGCAAAUGAUGAAAUAUAUUUUAUAAUUUCUGGGUUCAAGUCAAAGUUCUUAAAAAAUCAAAGUCAAUUUUUUACAAUUUGUAUCAGUGCAGUGCCUGGGAAAGUGAAUUAAGAUUAUGCUCUUAUGUACUAAGCACUCUUCAUACAUGGUUUAAAAAAAAAAGUCACUAACCAAUGCAUCAAAGUGAAAAUAAAAAAACAAUUAUGCAAAUUUACAGUGGGUUUAACUACUAAACCCAGAUUUUAGAGUUGGGAACAUUCCGUAAUAUCCUCAGUGACAGGGUUGGAGUACACUACUGGAAAUAAUCACCAGUGCAAUGCACAGUGCCAGUGCCUACAGACCUACAAGUGCACCUGCCCUCCUGAUCGCCUGUUUGCUUCCCUGGAGCCUGCAAGCGCAGAUUCCCAGUCACUGUCCCAGAUGUUUGCACACCUGCAGAUGAGCUUGGGUUCACAUCACUGAACACUGGUAACACGUUUUGUGGCUUUCCAGACUGAGGAGAAAUGAACUAGGGAGAAAAGAAUUGCGAGAAACCAGGCAUUUUUUGCAGAGGAGCUGAUAGGAGGGGUUGAUGUGCAACUUCUUCAGGAGCUUGUCAAACCUCAUUAACAACUUCGGCGUUUCCUUGGGUUCUGUUUCCUGGUGCUAUGGAAGAGUCAUGGGCACAAAGACCGGAUUUGGGGACACGCUGUGUCUGAGGUGCUAGACAACGAGAGCUGCUUCUGCCUCGGCUUUAGGGCAGAGCAGACCAGACUGAGGGCAGAAAGCAGCUUUUUAAGGGUUUCUGCGGGGGCUGACUUUAGUUACUUUGACAGGAUGGGCAGAUGUGCGCAUUUUCCAGCAGCGGCCACGCUGCGAAUCUCCUCUUGGAAGAGCUGCCGUGGGCAAGGCCAGGUGGGCGGAAGGAUGCAGGGAUGGAGGAGGGCUCGGAUGGACGCGCUGUUGCAAGGCCCCGCUACAAGGGCACUCCGCAGGUGACGCAGGAGCCAUGACGAGCUGCCCUUCACCCCAACAAGGACCUGUGCCGACGCCAGCACCGCCCCUUCCCGCUAACCGCGCCCCGCCGGCCGCUCCAGCACCGCGCCUGCGGGACAUGCGCGGACCCUGCCGGGCUCCUGCCCUGUUUCCCUCCCCCCCGCCUCUUUCUUCCCGCCUUUGCCAUGGCGACACCGAGUGGCCUGAUCCGGGCCCUACACCGCGGGACCCUCGGCCAGAACGUGGUUGUGGAUCGCAUUUUCUCUGGUAUCCAGCCAACUGGGACCCCUCAUUUGGGUAACUACCUUGGAGCCAUUCAGAACUGGGUGAAUCUGCAGGAAAAGUGGAGUUCAGUGCUCUAUAGCAUUAUGGACAUGCACUCUCUCACCAUGCCCAAGGAGCCAGCUGUCCUGCGCCAGAACAUCCUGGACACCACUGCUGCCAUCCUUGCCUGUGGGAUUGACCCAAAGAAGUGUUUCCUGUUCCGCCAGUCACUGGUUCCUGAGCAUGCAGAACUUGCCUGGAUUCUUGGGUGCUUAACUAAUGUGCCACGUCUGCUACGUUUGCCCCAGUGGAAGAUGAAGCGUGCCAGCCAGAAUAGCGAAGGAACUGUUGGUUUGUUGACUUACCCUGUGCUUCAAGCAGCAGAUAUUUUGCUAUACAAGUCAACACAUGUUCCUGUUGGAGAAGAUCAAGUCCUGCACCUGGAACUAGCCCAAGAUAUAGCACAACAUUUCAACAAGAAAUACGGAGAAUUCUUUCCUGUGCCCAAAGCCAUUUUAAGUACAACAAAGAAAAUAAAAUCCCUCAGAGACCCAUCAGUGAAGAUGUCCAAGUCAGACCCACAGAAGUUAGCUACUGUGAACAUAGCAGACAGCCCUGAUGAAAUCGUGCUGAAAUUUCGCAAGGCUGUGACUGACUUUACCUCGGAGGUGACCUACGACCCCGCCGCUCGCCCCGGUGUCUCCAAUCUGGUGUCCAUUCACGCCGCGGUAACGGGGCUCAGCAUCGAAGAAGUGCUGCACCAAGCCACCGGGAUCGACACUGCUCACUACAAAAUGGUGGUAGCAGAGUCAGUUAUCCAAAAAUUUGCACCUAUCAGGAGUGAAAUCAAGAAACUCCAGGAAGACAAGUCCCAUCUGAUAAAGGUUUUAGAGGAUGGAGCAGAGAAAGCCAAAGAACUGGCUGCUCCAAUCUAUCAAGAAAUAAGGAGAAUGGUGGGAUUUCAAUAGAAGCUGCUCAGUAGUUGCAAGGACUUUUGUAUCAUGGGACAGAGAUUUUGUUAUUUGUAACAAAAUCAUUUACUUAUUAAUCAUUUUUGUUUAAUAAAAACCUUUUUUUUCCCUUGGAAAAUCCAAGGAGAACGUUGAAGGUGAUUGCAUUUAAAAAUAUGCAUUAAGCCAGGUAUUUCCAGUGGGACCAGCAUUAAGCUUGCCUGGAUAGUCAGAGAGCAAUCAGAAUUCACAAAGAAAUUGUGCAAAAGCAGAUUAUGAGGUUGCCUGUGUGGGUUUUUGGAUUUUUCCAUUGACUGCUCCAAGAAGCUGAAGUGUAGGCAAGGUGAUCAGAAUCUAGCACAAAGAUUUAUAAUCUUCUCAAGAACAUACUUAGCCAUGUUUGUCGUCUUGUUACCAAUGCACCGUUUAUCCUAUUGGGGGGUUUUCAGCUUUGAUAUGGUGAUUGAACAUGUUCUUGGAUAACCAGAAGAAAAGCAGAGACUUAAAAAUAAAUGCUCAGAGUGAUAAAGAGAGAGCUUCCUGCUUUUCCCUAUAGUGUCUUCAAAUUCAGUGUGAAUUUUUUUUUUUGUAUCUAUGUAGUUUGUGGGAAGUGAAUUUCACUUCUGCCAUUUGUGCCAUCCUGCUGGUCAGGUCCAAGGUACUGCAGUGAGAAAUGACAUGUGCUUCAGUUUCUCCUAUUUCACCUGCUGUUCUGUUUAGCAGGGAGCUCCAGGAUUUUCAGUUCAAUAUCAAGUCUAGGAUUGCUUUGAAAAAGGUGUAGAAGAGAAGACAUAAUCUUGAAUCAAAGAGAUCUUGGGUUGAGAUUCAGAGAGCUUCCUGUGAAGUUUACAAAAUUGCUUCUCUAGAAAAUUGUGCCAAGAUCAGAGCCAGAAUAGAGUUAAAUAGACCUUUAUGAACUCUUCACUACUGAGCCUUGAGGAAGUGUAGUGAUGGGAGAACAGCGCCCUGAUCUUGGGCCUCACAAGAUCCACAGACUUGGUCCCAUGGAUUAUGGCACUUGCUGGGGAAUGUGUGGCAAAGGGAAAUUGCCAAAAGGAGACAGCGUGUUCUGAAGAGGGAUAGUAGUACAUGUUAAAAGGUAAUGAAAGCUCUACUGGUCCUGUGCCAGCAUAUUUAACUGUGUCGUUACACUUCAUGGUGCUGUGUUUGAAAUUGCUGUACUGUAACGUAAAUUGAGUUAAUCCUGUUCUCUGGCAGCUCAUAACCACUCUGUGCCUGUGGCAUUUGUCAUGAAGGAUUGCAGGAUCGUACAUGACUGGUUAGUAAAACAUGAGGGGGGGCGUGGUGUUUCUACAUAGUGCAGUUGGUUGGUUGGUUGUUCUGGGAUAUUUCUAGAAAGCAGAAUUUAGUUAAUUAUAGUGAGUUGAUUCAGAAAGAAAUAUUUAAUUUUCCAAAACAUAAAGCCGAGGACUGAGUGUCUCCACAUCUGUGCUGAGACCUGUAUUUAUUUGUUAGGGAUCUGAAGAAGAGAACUGCCAUGCAAGAACUUGAUGAUGACGGAUCUUCUAAAAUUAGUCAAGACUAGAGAAGCAGAGUGGAUGGAGACAGACUGAUUGGAACCAAACUCACUAUAGACAAGCCUAGGGUAAAGUCCUCUGGAAAAAAUAAGUAUAUUCAAAAAUUGUCCCUGGUUUUAAAUAAGAUAUAGUGGGUAAGGAAAGGACACAUUUUGUACAUAUUUUGUCAGUGUUUAACAGCUGCCUUAGGGCACUAAGAUGAAAAAUUAAGGCACACAAUUAUUGCUGCUUCCUGACUUGGCAUGAAAUGUUUGCUGUGGUGCUUUUUAAUAUAGAUUGAUUUCUGCAAAGGUCCCACAGUAUGUACCUGGAGAGAAGCUAACACUGUCCUCAUGAAGACUCUGAAAAUCUUUAAUGCUAAUGUAUCUAGUUUCUACCUGUACUGCUUUUUCACUAGCAAAGACAGAAGCAUAUAUUCAAAAGAUAAAUCAGAGUUUCAAGGUCUCUUUACACUUCUGUUACUCAAAUCACCUAAAAUAUAGAGUGACUAUUCAACACACCUUCUCUGCAGUGGAAGGAAAAUAGGAGCAUUCGUGGGAGGGGUUGACACCAACAGGUAAUUUUGGUUUCUUACUUAAACUGUUCUGAGCAGUCUUUCCAAAACUGUUAGAUUAUUUUUCAGAAAAUCAUGUAAGUGAAGCAGGGAAAAAAACUUCAAAAUAACCUUUUCUUUGGGGUGGGUAUUUAAGGCAUUACAUAUUCAGCUGUGUUUCAAUCAAAUUCACUAAUUUACCUCUUUUCCAUUCAAUAAUACAUUGGGGGGGGUUCCCUUCUCUUCCAUUUCUCUUUCAUUCCCUUCCCUUUCCUAUCAGCCAAACAAGUCUUAUUUGCCUGACCUAUUUCCUUCAAAUAAGGAAAUAUACAUGUUUUUUCAUCUUCAGAAAAGUUAAACUUGUGUAAAAUUAAUAUAUUAACCUACUGAUUGUUGAGUUAGCUUUUCAUCUCAGUUGUUCCUGUGGAGGAAUUCUCAAAAUAACAUUUGUUUGCCCAGUGAAAUAAUCCUGAUUCCAUUAGCAACCAUGAUCUUUAAAAUCCGUUGAGAGGAUGACAACAAAUGUAGGUGUUUGCAGGUAUCUGUUGUCAAUUUUAGUUUUGUUAGAACAUGUUUUUUCUGCAAAGUUAACCAUCAUGGCAUUCAGGUGAUUUAGCUGAGCUUGAAGCAAUGAGUUGAUUCCAAGCUGCUCUCUCCACUUCUACCUCCCUUUUUCCUCUUGGGAAUGUUUUAUACGCAC